AUGGCGCCAAAAACAAAAAAGAGGCAAAGGAAUCGCAACAAACCUACCGCUAUGUUCAACUGCCUCGCGCGCACAAAUGCAGCAAUCGAGUUCACCCAAGCCUCCAUUACUCCAGUGUACAAAUUUUACGCGGCCUUCUGCGAGGAGACCACCUUACAUGGACUCAGGCAUACUGUGGAGCCUUCAGUACAUUGGUUUGAAAGAAUUUUAUGGCUCAUACUGACGUUUUGCGCAUUCGCUGGUGCAGUCUACUGCGCAUUGAGUCAACUAGCGAGGUACAACUCAGAGCCAGUGGUGGUAUCUCUUCAGAGGGAUUAUAGAAGCUUCUGGACAACCUUCCCGGCGGUCACAGCUUGUUUUAUAGAUCGACUGGACCCGGUCAAAGCAAGGACUGCUAUUGAUCUGUUCUGGAACGUGACUGAGGAGUCAGACCCUGAUAGGUACCAGUAUUACUACGAGUUCAUAGAGCUCCUCUCAGAAGUGUCAUUCCGGACAAAUCUGCAGAAUUUCUGGAAGUACCAGGACGAUGAGACUCUUAACGAUAUUGAUCUGCUGCAAUUGGCAAUCCACGUGCAUCCGACUCUACUCCUCAAGAUUAUGACAUCUGAUGCUACCACUGCGGUCUAUUGGACUCCAGUUAUCACGGAGGUGGGUCUGUGCAUGACGUUUAACUCCAAGUAUUCAGAGUAUCAGUUCUCGCUUCAGGAUAUAGAAUGGGAGCCACAUGAAUUACUCAAGUGCCACUACCAUAGCGGACAGUGUUUUGUGAGAAUCGACGCUAUGAGUAGAACAGUAAGGUUUUUUAUUCAUUCACCAUACGAUAUAUCGACGGCUAUCUCCAACCCUACCGGGGAGGUAUCGUCCGGGGAGGAGCUGAUCAUAGAUUUUAAGGCUGUUGAAAUUCGGGCAGCGCCUGGCGUGAAGAAGCUAACGCCAGAACAACGAAGGUGUCGAUAUCCUGACGAAUGGAUCAGUAACUCCAUAAGGGCGUAUAGUUUCGGUUUAUGUCAAAUGCACUGUCGCAAUCGUAUGGCGAUGAUGUUCUGUGGAUGUAGACCUUUCUUCCACGUCAAAGGAGUACUGCCUUUCGGUAUCGAUGUGGGAAUAUUGGGAGUUGCUGCCUAUUAUUUGACGAGGUUGAAGAAGCCGAAUCAUAAUAAUGUUAUGAGUAUAUUCGGACCGGAGCCUGGGAGUAAAGAAAGUGAGGAUAGCCCGGAAAAAGUGGUCCGCUGUAUAGCCCACAGAGGCGCCGGAUUCGACGCGCCAGAAAAUACUCUAGAAGCAUUUAAAUAUUGUGUUGAACAUGAGUGCAGCUUCGUAGAAUUAGAUGUGAGGUCUUCGAAAGAUGGGAAACUCGUAUUGCUGCAUGAUCCCGGUUUGGAGCGACUGGCCGGCUCAAAUAUAUCUGAUGUUCGUGCCUUGGAUUGGGAGAAGAUGAAAAAUAUUGAUGUUGGAGCUCGACAUCCUAACAGACACCAGUUCAAGGAGGUGCACCUGUGUUUACUUGAUGAGGCACUUGAUUAUUUACUGAUGAACAAAGUGAGAAUCAUCAUCGACGUUAAGGGGGAGGAUAAGCAGGUUAUAAGUGGCAUACUGAAGACGUUCGCGAGUAGACCAGCGCUGUACCAGUAUGCGGCGGUAACCUGUUUCAACCCAUAUGUCCUUUAUCAGAUUCGCAAAAAAGAUCCGCAAAUCGUAGGCGCAAUGAGCUACAGGCCGUUCUGCUUCAGCGCUCAUGAUUAUGAUGCAGAGAACGGUCCCAAUAAUCCAAGAUAUGGUGACAAUCUGCCACUUCAUGCCGUACUUCGUACUGCUGAUGCUCUACAUGCGUUGCUGUGGAGAUGGACAGCUCGCUGGUGCAGCGUCAGCGCGGUCUUACUACACAAGGAUAUCGUCAGCCCGAGUGAGGUGCUGUACUGGAGGUCUUUGGGAGUGAGGUGUGCAGGCUGGUGCGUCAACCGGCCGCUGGAGAAACUCUACUGGAGAGGGGUCCUCCGGGCCCCAUACCUGGCCAACACGCUCGUAGGAGAACCAGAUGUAGAAAAGAGGGAUCAAGACAAGGAGCGAGAUAAAGAUUCAUUGGAACCUGCCGGACCACUCAUAGACAAGAUACUAGAGUCAGAACGUCGAAUGUCAUCCGGACAGAAUUGAAAUAAACAAUUUAUCUCUGAUUAAAUUAUCUGUAACGUAUGGAAGUGUCAAAUUUUGGCGGGAAAUUUUGACAAGUGACAGUUGUCAGUUUUUGAUUGAGUAUACAAGCAGACAUGGCUCUAUGGGCACAGUCCCUUUGAUUUUGUUGAUAAACAGAAAAAAAGAAUGAAUAUUUAUA